GGCGGGGCGCUCGCUCGCCGACAGACGCCCGCCGCGGCAGCGCAAUCGAUCAUCGAUCGCGCCCCAAGUUUGUGGAAGGUCCCGGCCUUCGGCAGCAGCGAUCUUUGUCGAUCGAUAUUUCGGCGGCAGCGAUCUUUGUCGAUCGAUAUUUCGGCAGCAGCGAUCUUUGUCGAUCGAUAUUUCGGCAGCGAUCUCGAUCGGUGGAUCGAUAUUUCAUUCACAGCCCCGGCGGCAUUGAUAUUUCGAAGGCUGGUGCGUGAUUCACAAGGAUUCAUGGAGCUCUCCGGCGCUCUGCUCGACUGUUCUUGAGGGCCUCUUGGCCAGCGGCAUUUCUAUAUCUGACGAAAUCUCUCCUCUUUGGCUUCACGAUGGAUGAAGUUUCGUCCCGAGAUUUCCUCCUCCUCCAGAUAUGCUCCACGAAUGCUGUCACCGAAUCUACGCUCGACUGGAUCAUGUUCUAUCUCUUCAAUCCCUGCUCGCAACGGGCGAUCGUUUCCGUGAUCCAGCUCCUCUUUCUAGCGGUGUUCGUGGUGCUUGCAAUCAUAAAGACGGCCUCGCAGCUUAGAACAUCACGACACUCCAGCUAUGGGAAAGAGGCGACGACUACCAAGUCCACGAAGAUGUUUCACGCAACUCUGGCUCUCGCAUCUAUGGCGGGCAUUCUCUACGCCGCCGUGGAUGCUUGUCUGCUCUGGCUUAAACUGGCCCGCGAAGAAGCUUCGGUUGCUACAGUCGACAUUAUUUUUUCCACCAUACAGACUUUCAAGUGGCUCUGCUUUGUCGUCAUCGUUGGACACGAGAAGAAAUUUAAUGUCCUUGUCCACCCUUGGACGAUUCGAUCCUGGUGGGUGAUUGAUUUUUUGUUGUCAGCCUUGCUUUUCUCUACUGCAGUGCAGAGAGUAGUACUAAGAUUCGACGCCCACCUUGCUGGCAAUGGCAUCGUCUCGCUGGUUAUGUUACCGGUUUCUAUAUUCUUCCUCAUGGUGGCUAUCCGAGGCUGGACAGGCAUUGUCAUUUGUUCUUCGAGCGUGGCCAAACCACUGCUGGAGGACGGGCAUUUGGAGAAGGUUGUGGACGAUGGCAUUGCUGAAGAGGUCCUUCCUACGACGGGGUACGCUACUGCCGGGGUCUUCAACAGGGCCGUGUGGAAGUGGUUGACACCGCUGCUAGACAAGGGAUACAAGAGUCCGCUCCAACUCCAUGAUAUUCCGCUGCUGGCACCCGACGACAGAGCUGAGAGUAACUAUUCGCGUUUUAAGAGGGACUGGCCAGAGAACGACCCGGGCAGCCAUCCUGUGAGAUCGACGUUACUAAAAUGCUUUGGCGGCAUUCUCUUUCGCAACGGACUGCUGGCUUUGAUCAGGCUUUGCGUCAUGUACGCUGGUCCGAUUCUCAUUCAGAGGUUUGUCAGCUAUACCGCCAAUGCUUAUCAAGGCCCGGCUUACGAAGGAUACCUUCUCGUCCUGGUUUUGCUGAUCGCUAAAGUCAUAGAGGUGUUCUCGUCUCAUCAGUAUAACUUCCAAAGUAUGAAGCUGGGAAUGAUGGUUCGCUCGACGAUUAUCGCUGCUGUUUACCAGAAAGGCCUUCGUCUCUCGAGCUCGUCCAAGCAGGGUCAUGGAGUUGGCCACAUUGUGAAUUACAUGGUGGUGGAUGCUCAGCAGCUCUCGGAUCUGAUGUACCAGCUCCACAACCUCUGGGUUCUUCCGGCACAAGUUUGCAUAGCUCUCGCCAUCUUGUACGGAGUUAUGGGAUUGCCUAUGCUAGCCGGCUUUUUUGUCAUGGCGAUUAUUAUCGCCCUCAACUUUUACUACACAAAGAAGCAGCGAGAACACCAGACCAAACUCAUGGCCAUGAGAGACGAACGGAUGAAAGCUACGAGCGAGGUUCUCAACUUUAUGAAGAUCAUCAAGUUCCAGGCGUGGGAGGAUCACUUUCUAGGCCGAGUCGAGGGGUACAGGAUGAGGGAGUACACAUCUCUACGCAAGUUCCUAAUUGUCCUUGCUCAGAAUAUAGCAGCCCUGUGGAUGUGUUCUUCGCUGGUGGCGACGGUAACUUUUGCGGCUUGUGUGGCAUUUAACGUCGAGCUAACUGCCGCCAAAGUUUUUACAGCCACCGCAACUUUUCGCAUACUGCAAGAGCCUGUCCGAGCAUUUCCUCAGGCACUCAUCUCCAUCUCGCAAUCGCUGGUGUCGCUAGAGCGGCUGGAUAAGUACAUGGUCAGUGAUGAACUGGACACGAAAGCUGUGGAGAAGCUACCAGCGGAUGCCGAUGCUGCCGUCGAUGUUGAGGACGGGACGUUUUCCUGGGAAGAGGAUGAACCCACGCUGAAAGAUAUCAAUGUCCACGUGAAGAAAGGCCAACUUGUAGCGAUUGUUGGGACUGUGGGAUCCGGAAAGUCAUCGAUGCUGACGGCUUUGCUUGGAGAAAUGCGCAAGCUCUCGGGAAAGGUAAGAAUUUCCGGCAGCACGGCCUAUGUUCCACAAACUGCCUGGAUACAAAACGCGACGAUUGAAGACAACAUUUUGUUCGGCUUGCCAAUGGACAAGGCGAGAUACGCUGCAGUAGUCCGUUCGUGUGCCUUAGAACAGGACUUCAAACUCAUGGAGUUCGGGGACCAAACGGAAAUUGGAGAGCGAGGUAUCAAUCUCAGCGGUGGGCAGAAGCAGCGCAUUCAGCUGGCCAGAGCUGUGUACCAAGACUCGGACAUUUAUUUGCUUGACGAUGUCUUCAGUGCUGUGGACGCUCACACUGGCACGCACUUGUUUCAGGAAUGUAUACUUGGAUCUUUGCGAAAGAAGACGGUGUUGCUGGUUACGCAUCAAGUUGAAUUUUUGCAUCACGCCGACUUGGUUCUGGUUCUGCGCGAUGGCACGAUUGUUCAAUCUGGCAAGUACUCGGAACUCUUACAAAAAGGAACAGACUUGGAAGUUUUAGUAGCUGCUCAUCACAGCGCAAUGGAAUCAAUUAGCAUGGACGAGCAAGAUGGUAUAACUGAUCUCCCUCUCGAGGCUACUCAGGAACGAAAGCUGUCAUUCAAACGAAGGCCUUCGAUAACAGGGCCCCGUCAGCCGCAGAAACUAAAAGGCUCAGCCAAGCUUAUUGACGAGGAACAAAGAGAAGCCGGACGAGUCGGAUGGAGGGUCUACUGGCUGUACUUCACCAAAGCAUUCGGCUGGCCAACACUCCCCAUUAUUGUGUCGUGUCAAGGAUUGUGGACAGUGGUGAGCAUCGCAAGUGACUACUGGCUUGCGGCAGAAACGGCGAAGACGUCUUUCAGUGCGGCCGCAUUUGUGAAAGUUUACUUGGUCCUCUGCGCGAUAUCCUGGGUUUUGGUGAUAGGAAGAGUAUCGUUUCAGACAGUGGCGGGAUUGAAAGCAGCACAGAUGUUCUACUUCGACAUGUUGCGCAGCAUUUUUCGAAGUCCAAUGUCUUUCUUUGACACAACGCCGUCGGGAAGAAUUUUGAGCAGAUCGUCUACUGAUCAGGCUCAGCUUGACGUGCUCGUGCCGUUUUUUGUAUCAGGAACCAUAGCGACUUUCUUGGGAACUCUUGGUUCUGUGAUAGUGGCAUGUCAAGUUACGUGGCCACUGAUUUUUCUCAUACUGCCUCUUGCUUGGGCUUUCCUCUUUUACCAGAAUUACUAUAUCACAACAUCUAGAGAACUUACUCGUUUGGAUUCUAUCUCUAAAGCUCCAGUCAUUUUCCACUUCUCCGAGACAUUAGCAGGACUGCCAACUAUCCGUGCGUUUAAGAAGCAAGAAAGCUUUAUUGAUGGGAAUGUGGACAGGGUAAACACCAACAUACGCAUGGAGUUUCAUAACAUUGCCUCGAACGAGUGGCUUGGAUUGAGGCUAGAGCUGCUCGGCACAAUCGUUCUCUGUGCAUCGGCUUUGUUGCUCGUGACUCUUCCAGCGAGUAUUAUCGCACCUGAAAAUGUUGGUCUCGCCCUAUCGUAUGGAUUGGUGCUCAAUUCGUCCUUGUUCUGGUCGGUGUGGAUCGCAUGCAUGCUGGAGAACAAAAUGGUUUCUGUAGAAAGAAUCCGACAGUACACUACCAUCGAAAGUGAGGCCCCGAGGAUAAAUGACGACUACAGGCCCCCUCUAAUAUGGCCCAGCCAAGGAACUGUAGCUGUUCGAAACUUGCAACUUCGGUAUCGGCCAAACACUCCUCUCGUCUUAAAAGGAGUAACCUUGACUAUCCAAGGAGGAGACAAAGUUGGCGUUGUUGGUCGAACCGGGAGUGGAAAGUCGACGCUGAUUCAAGCCUUCUUCAGGCUGGUAGAGCCGUGUGGGGGCGAAGUUCGAAUUGACGGCAUUGACAUCACACAGCUCGGACUAGCUGACCUGAGGUCCCGGUUUGGAAUCAUACCCCAGGAGCCCAUACUGUUCGAAGGCAGCAUAAGAAGCAACGUAGAUCCACUUGGCCAGUACUCGGACGAUCGGAUUUGGGAGGUUCUAAGAAAGUGUCAGCUGGCGGAUGCUGUUCAACAGAAAACCGGAGGGCUCGACUCAUCUGUGGUGGAUAAUGGCGAUAACUGGAGCGUUGGGCAGAAGCAGCUCUUCUGCUUGGGACGGGCAUUGCUGAAAGACAGCCGGCUCUUGUUCCUGGACGAGGCAACUGCAUCCGUGGACGCACAGACGGACGCGGUCAUCCAAAAGACGAUCCGCGAGCAAUUCGCGUCGUCGACAGUGGUGAGCGUGGCUCACAGGAUCCCGUCUGUGAUGGACAGUGACAAAGUUUUGGUGAUGGGCGAAGGAGAGGUGAAAGAGUACGAUCGGCCGUCAGUGCUGCUCGAACGACCAACGUCUUUGUUUGCAGCACUGGUCCGUGAGUACUCGGCACGCUCAGGUGUGUAGAAGAUUAAAAUUCUUUUUGGAAAAGAAUUAAAUGGUCUGGUAAUCAACAUUAAAUUAUACAUGGUUAAAAUAUUCUUUCUGGUCAUAUUAAUAGGGCUGGACAGAAACAUAUUCUAAGAACAUUAUAAGAAUAAUUUAAAUUUAUUUAUUUA